CAACAACAAAUGAAAAAAGUCAAAACUGAUAAUAAUAAUAAUCAAACAUCAAAACAAAAUACUAAUAAAAAUAAUAAUAACAGCGGUAAUACUUUAUCACACGAAAAUAUAUUAAAAUCAAUAAUCGAUUCAUAUAUCGUACCAUUAACCAAUGGUGAAAAUAAUAGAGGGUUUUUUGAUGUUAAGACCUAUUUACCAAAUGUUAUAGUUUUAUUACAUCAAAAUCAAUGCUUAAAGAAAUGUUUAGACUCUAGUGUUAAAUUAUCAGCAGAAGGCGUCAAGCUUAGGGAAAGAUGGAUGGAAAUCUUAAAUUAUCUUUUGAAACCAUCAAAUAGUAACCUCUGGGUUGGUAUUCACUUAUUAUGCGAGACCAUUCGUGUAUGCGAUUACGAUAUUAUGAUUAGCAAGUUGGAUCAAUGGUUAGCUUUAUUAACUCAAUUAGUCGAAGGCCAAAAGAAAUCAAUUCAACAAAAACAAAAUGGUGCUUCCAACAAAUUAGCUUAUAAAUCUGGUUCAAAGAAAGAAGAAAAUAAUAUUACAUUUAAAGAAUAUGGAUCAAUUAUUAUCGUUUUAUCAUUGCUCGUCGAAAAAGCAACCAAAUGGAACGAUUUAAAGAGAACUAUUACCAACAACACAGUUAUGUCACCAAUUGUCCAUUUAAUUUUAACCUCUUUAGAUAAGGAUCUUGGUUACCCAGAUGAAUGCAAGGUAGAUUCAUUAGUAGCAAUUACAUCUUUGAUUCAAUCUGCUAGCACUGCUCUUAAGCCAUAUCUUAAUAAAAUCGAAACCCUUGUUUAUCCAUUACUCUUUAACAAUAAUAAAUCAAUUCAAGAGUCAGCUUCGUCAGUAAUCGCUCAUUUACCACAAUGUGUUGGUAUCAAUUCAACUGAAUUCUAUUGGGAUGUCUCUGUACAAAAGAUUUUAAAAGAAAUGAACGAUAUCAUUGACAAUGUCUUCACUUUCCUUGAGGACGACGAUAAACAAAAUGGCGGUGGUAACAAAACCCACGUCGAUAGUCCAAAAGUUGCAUCUGGUGCCAACUCAAGCAGACAAAUUAAUUUACCAUCAACAAGCAAACUUAUAAAUAUUGGUGAUGAUGCCAACUCAAUGUUAAAAUCAUUGGUCAAUGUUAAAUUCCCAGAAGCACCAAAAGAACCACAUUUACAAACUAGUUUUUAUAUUAAAGCAUUCUUUGGUUUAUCCCAUUGUCUUUUACGUAUCUUUUCUACUUCAAGUGCCACUGCCUCGCCUGUACCAAUUGAUGAAGUUAUAAAAUUAAUUUGCAGAAUUUUAAAUCCAAAUUUAAAUCAUUUAACUUUUUCAAAUUUAAUUAUGUCCUUUUCAAUUUCUCAAAUGAUUUAUAUUAUUCAACAAUUACACUUACAAGCAUUUAUAAUUUUAUCAGGUAUUUUAAAGAUUUUUAGAAAAUCAUUAUUAGUACAUUGUAAAACUAUUUCAGCAUUAUUAUUAAGACCAUUGAAAUCAUUAAACUAUUCAUUAAUGAGUCCAAUCAUUCAUGCUCAAAUCUAUUCAACUAUUAGCGAUGCCGUUGAAUCCUUUGGUGCUUCAAGUUCAGAAUCAUUAGCAGUUCCAGUUUUAAAAAUAUUAUUAAGAGAUAUUUUACCAUACAUUCCAGAAAGUAUUAGUCAAACUGCUUCAACUACUGCAGUUAGUAAUGGUAAACAACAAUCUGCAAAUUCAACUACAGCCUCAUCAAGUGUUAUUCAACAAAAUAUUAGAAACACAAUUAAUCAAACAAUUGGUAAUGUUGAUACCACCCUUCAAGAUUUUAACAGUUUAACAAUUAAACAAAAUUCACUUACUGCCUUAUCAAGUAUUUUAUUACAUUGUGGUUCAUAUCUUCAACAACAACAACAACAGGGCUAUUCAUCAUCAAAUGCUUUUGAAGAGGAGCAAUCGACAAACAUUAACAAUACCAAUAAGAAUAUUUUAAGAUUCGAAAUCGAUCAAUUAUUGGUAUCAUUAUUAUUAGAGUGCCAAUCAUUAGCUAGUGUUAAAAAGAAUUCAAUCACCUAUUUAAAUAGCUCAUACAACUGCUGGAGAUACCGUUCAAAAUUAUAUGAAUGUUUAAUUCAUUGUGUUUUAAAACCAGUUUCAAAUACUCCACCAGUCCUUCCAUAUGCCAUGCGUAUCUUUACCAAUGGUAUGAAUACCGACCAUUACCCACGUGUAAGAACUAUUUGCUGUAAAGGUCUUAGUGUUUGCGAAUCAAUCAUUCAUCCACAAACCCCAUCACUUUCAACCACUCAAUCAGUUCAUUCACUUUCAAUGAAUUUAAAUUAUAAAGGUGGAAGUAGUACCAAUAUUUUAAGCGACGAUGAAGGCGACAAUCUAUCAGAUGAUGAAGACUACGAUAGUUUAAAUGAUUCAGAUGAUUUAGAUGAUUUAGAUGAAGGUAACAUUGAUGAAGAAGAUGACGACUUAAAUGAAAAAAUAGAAAUUAAUUCAAAUGAUUUAGAAACCGAUGAUCUCGACGAAUCAAUUCAAGAGGAACAAGAAGAAGAAGAACAAGAAGAAGAAGAGGAAGAAGAGGAAGAGGAACAAGAAACCGAAUCAAAAGAAGAAAUUAAAUUAGUUAAAGGUCAAGAAAAUAAUAAUGUAGUAAUGAAAACUUCAUUAUUUAGUGCCUCAACCAUCACCCAACAACAAAACUCUGUUAAAAUUUCAAAAAUCGAAACAAAGAAAUCAUUCUCAGCUACUUCUGCCGCUCCAAUAGAAGAUGAAGAUGACGACAAUGAUUUAGAUUUACCAGAUAUUGAAGAUUAAAUUCAUCAUACCAAAAUAAUUUAUGGUAAUAUAUUAUUACCAUAAAUGAUAAUAAUACUUAUUUUACAAAAAUAUAAAUCAUAUUUUUCUCAAUCCUAUCGACAAUUUUAUUUAUUAGGUAAAUUAAAAUAAAUAAAAAAAACUCAAAAUUAUUUUUCAUU